GGUUUUGCCGCCUUAGAGAGUUUGACUCUGCACUUCGAAGUGAAGGAGGGAUAAUGUCUUUCGAAAGCAAGGGCUUUUGGGUGGCGAAGGGUCCUGGUUGUUUAACUGAUGGAGAGUUGGCUUAUGAUAACCCGUCCAGAAAUGAACCAAAGCGUGCUCAUCAAUGGUUUAUAGAUGGUAAUGAACCAGAGCUAUUUUCUAACAAGAAGCAAGCAAUAGAAUCUUCAAAUAACAAGUCGGUUUCAGGAAUUGCAAAUAUGGGUGUUUCUCAAUGGGAAAAUACUUUGAAUUUCCAGUCAGUCUCAGGGCAGUUCAGUGACAGGUUAUUUGGAUCUGAAACUGCAAGAGCUAUAAAUUUUGGUGGUAGGAACAUUCAAUCUGUCAAUGCUGGGAAUUUGAAUAUGAGAAGCAAGGAUGUUGAUGAACAAUUUGGAAAUGAUCCGUCUGUUGGUUUAUCUAUAUCUCAUACAAUGGAAGAUCCUGGUUCAUGUCUCAGUUACAGUGGUAUCAGAAAAGUUAAAAUUAAUCAGGUCAAGGACUCUGACAAUGGCAUGUGUGUAUCAAUGGGACAAAUAUACAAUACUGGGGACAAUGCUACCAUGUCAAUGGGUCACACAUAUAAUAGGGCGGAUGAGAGGACUAUAUCAAUGGGUCACACACAUACUAGGGGGGAUGAGAGUACCAUUUCAAUGGGUCACACCUAUAGUAGGGCAGAUGAUAGUGUCAUAUUAAUGGGCCACACCUAUAGCAGGGGAAAUGAUAAUACCAUUUCAAUGGGCCACCCCUAUAGCAAGGGAAAUGAUAAUUCUAUAUCAAUGGGUCGCAGCUAUAAUAGGGGGGAUGACAAUGCAAUAUCAAUGGGUCGCACCUUUAACAGGGGGGAUGACAAUGCAAUAUCAAUGGGUCACACCUACAACAGGGGGGAUGACAAUGCAAUAUCAAUGGGUCACACCUACAACAGGGGGGAUGACAAUGCAAUAUCAAUGGGCCACACCUAUAGUAGGGUGGAUGACAAUACAAUGUCAAUGGGUCAGAGCAAUAGUAGGGGUGAUGAAAACAUUUCAAUGGGUCAGGUCUAUGAUAAGGGGAAUGAGAAUACUAUAUCAAUGGGUCACAACUACAAUAAGAGUGAAGAAUGUACCAUAUCAAUGGGUCACAACUUCAAUAAGGGGGAGGAAAGUACUGCAUCAAUAGUUCAUGCCUAUAAUAAGGGGGAUAGCAACACCAUAUCAAUGGGUCACAUCUAUGACAAGGGGGAUAAUAUCAUCUCAAUGGGGCAUAUUUUUAACAAGGGAGAGAGCACUACCAUAUCUUUUGGUGGCUAUGAUGAAGAACCAGAGAUUAACCCAUCUGGUGGGCUUAUAAGCAGCUAUAACUUGUUAAUGAGUCAAUCUUCUGUUCAGCCCUUGCAAUCACGUGGUGGGAAGGAACUGGUUGAUUCAAAUGCAGAUCGUUUUGUAAGUACCGCUCAGCUGGCAACAUCUGGAUCUAAAGCUGUUCCUAAGAACAAAACAGAGCUAAAAAUGUCUAAGAAGUUAUCUCCCAAUAACUUCCCUUCAAAUGUCAAAAGCUUACUAUCAACUGGUAUGCUAGAUGGAGUCCCUGUGAAGUAUAUAUCCUGGUCUCGAGAGAGGGAGCUUCGGGGAGUCAUAAAAGGCUCUGGAUAUUUAUGCAGCUGUCAGUCAUGUCACUCGUCUAAGGCAGUAAAUGCUUAUGAGUUUGAGCGCCAUGCUUGUUGCAAAACAAAGCACCCUAAUAAUCACAUUUUCUUUGAGAAUGGGAAGACAGUAUAUGGGAUUGUUCAAGAACUAAGGAGUACACCUCAGAACUUGUUGUUUGAAGCAAUUCAAACUGUGACAGGUUCUCCAAUCAAUCAGAAGGCCUUCUGUGUCUGGAAAGAAUCAUUUAAAGCUGCUACACAUGAACUUCAGCGUAUCUACGGGAAGGAUGAGUUACGACAAUCUCAAAAGGAGCUUCCUUGACUUGCCUUGUUCAAACUGUGAAUUAGGGUAAACAGUUAAAAACAUUUCAUUUGUGCACAUAAACAUGUGGUUUUUGGGUAUCAUAUUAUGCACUCAUUAUAGAUAAGAACCUGAUAUCCUUUGUGGUUUUAUGACAAGUUCCCUUGGAUAGAACUAUUGCUGUUGUAUUUCGAAUUAUAGUGUAGAAAAGGCAAAAAUUCCUU